AUGAAAAGAGAGCGAGAUGACAAAAUCGAAGAUGACAACAAUAGAUCAAGAUCGAGAGGAGAAAGCAGAUGCUGGAAUAACAAUAAAGAGCAGGAGCGGUUCCUCCCAAUAGCCAAUGUGGGCCGCAUAAUGAAAAAGGUUAUCCCGGGAAACGGGAAAAUCUCCAAGGACGCCAAGGAGACAGUGCAGGAAUGCGUGUCCGAAUUCAUAAGCUUUGUCACGGGAGAGGCCUCAGACAAGUGCCAACGUGAAAAGAGGAAGACUAUCAAUGGGGACGAUAUUCUGUGGGCCAUCAUGACACUAGGCUUCGAGGAUUACGUCAAUCCCCUCAAACUUUACCUCACAAAGUACCGUGAGAUUGAGGGCGAGAAGCUUAAUCUGCCCAAACACCACCACCAGCAGCAACAGGCCCCAAUUAUGCCUCCCUACACUAAUAAUAUAUACCCUUCGCCCAAUUUGCCAUUUGUGCCCGCUGACCCUCCGCCGCCGUUCCCACUGCCUUUCCCGCAAACUUCCAUGCUGCCACAGGAGGACCACCACGUGGACGACCAGCAUUGGUAA